AUGUCGACGACGAAAGACGAGCUCGACACUCCCUCCACACGUGAACUCGCCUCCAGCCAUGCCACGGACGCAGUCGAGUCCGACCCUUCCGAUUCCCCUCCCGUCUGGAAGCCGAGAAAGGGCCAGUGGCUGAUCUUCGGCUGCCUGGCGCUGCUCUCCUUCAUCAUCUCACUGGACACCACGGUCAUCACCCCGGCCAUCCCGGUCUUGGAACAAUCCCUGAAGGGCGACACAGUCCAAGCCUUCUGGGCGGGCACCUCCUACCUCCUCGCCAGCGCCGUCUGCCAGCCCUUCAUCGUGGACCUAUCCGAUGUCUUCGGCCGGCGGGAGGUCCUCUUCGGGGUCGUCAGCCUCUUCACGCUGGGCACGAUCCUCUCGGCCGUCGCCCACGACUUCCACCUGUUCCUGGCGGGACGGUCGCUGCAAGGCGUCGGCGGCGGCGGGAUCAUGGCCAGCUGCAUCGUGAUCACGACGGACAUCGUGCCGCUGCGGCAGCGGCCGACUUACUACGCGAUCGUGCAGAUGGCGUGGGCGAUCGGGACAUUGGCGGGGCCCGUCGUGGGCGGCGCCAUCGCCCAGGAGAUCCCCUGGCGGUGGAUCUUCUACAUCAACCUGCCGUUCUGCGGUCUGGGGCUGGUCAUGGUCCCGCUGACGGUGCGGCUGCGCGCCGAGCGGCCGAGCAUCCUGCAGCGGCUGGGGUGCAUCGACUGGGUCGGCGGGGUGCUGUUCAUCGGCAGUCUGUGCAGCUUUCUGAUCGGCAUCACCUGGGGCGGGAACCAGUUCCGCUGGGAUAGCUGGCGCACGAUCGUGCCCAUCGUUGUGGGCGGGGUGGGCUGCGUGGUGGCGCUGCUGUGGGAGGCGUACGGCGCGAGACGUCCGUUCAUUCAUCUCCAGUUGUUCGCGAGUGUCUCCGCCGCGCUGGCGUAUCUCUGCGCGUGUUUGCAGGGUGCUCUCAUGCUAGGCCUCCUCUACUUCAUCCCCCUCUGCCUCCAGACGGUCAAACACUUCUCCCCGAUCACCAGCGGCCUCGCCCUGAUGGUCAUCCUCGGGGUGAUGCUGCCCGCCAGCGUCGUGACCGGCGCCCUGCUCACGCGCCUGGGCUCCUACCGCUGGGCCAUCUGGUCCGGCUGGCUGCUCUGCACCCUCGCCAUCGCCCUGCUCACCCUCCUCGACACCAAGAUCUUGGCCGUGCGCUGGGUCUUCAUUUUCCUCACCCUCGGCACCGGUCAAGGACUGAUCCUGACCUCGCAGAACUUCGCCGUCCAGGCACUAGCGAAAGAUAAUCGCGAUGCGUCGGCGGCGGGGCUGUACACCUUCAUGCGGUCGCUGGGGAUGUGCAUUGGCGUUGCGGUGGCGGGGACGUUCUUCCAGAAUCGGUUGGCGGAGAGGCUGGGGAACGCUGGGUUGGAUAGGCGGGUUGCGCGGAUGGCGGCGGAGUUUGCGUUGGUCUUGAGGAGUAAGGAGGGUGGGUUGGCGGAGGGGGUUAAGGCGGCGUAUGUUGGUGUGUUUCGUGAGGCGUUUCGCGAUCUCUGGAUCUUCUUUGCGGCUGUCUCGGGGUUGAGCUUCUUGCUGGCGCUGGGGAUCGGGCAUGUCAGUAUGGAUCGCGCGUUGGAGUCGGAGCAUACGCUUGUUGGUGAGCGGGGGGAGGUGGAGGUGCAGGUGCAGGGAGAGGGGGAGAAGACGGGGGUUUGA